CCAUAUCUUCAUUUCAUUUUUUAAUUUAUUUUCUUUUUUCUUUUUUCCACUUUUCCUUCUUCCUGGCAGCUUCCUUGCUAUAUAAAUCAAUUGCAGACUCCCAAAUCAAGUUUUGCUCUCCUCCUCUGGGAUUGUAGGAUUGGUAUUUGUUGAAUCCGUUAGGAUUUUUUUUGGUGACUUGGUUGAAAAAUGCCUGCUUGGUGGGGGAGAAAGUCGAGCAAGUGCAAAGAAGAAGUGCAGCAGCAGAACCCAGAGAGCACUCUCUAUAAUAUAUCGAAAAUCUCGAUCAGAAACGAGAAGAAGAAUGGCAAGGACAAGCCCAAGAGCUUCGAUGAGGGGCUGUUUUCGCGAAAUUCGCCCAGGAGCAGCAAGGACUAUGGGGCGUUGACGGGCAGCGGUGGUGGUGGGUCGUCGGGGUUUUCCGGGUUCGAUUCGGAUUGUGGAGACAAGAUCAGGGGGCACCCACUGCCUCUGCCGUCGGCGGGAAUUGAACAUGGGGUGGGAUCUGGGUCGGGGUCGGUUUCGAGUGUUAGCUCUUCUGGGUCGUCCGAUGAUCAUCCCAGCCCUCAUGAUCACGCUCCCUUUGGCGUAUAUAGAGGACAGGGGGAAACCAAGUCCAACACAAGAUCAAGAAGUCCGGGUCCAGGGUCACGAUCUGCUACAUCACCGCUUCAUCCUCGGUUUAGUACCUCGAAUAUAGAUUCUCUGACGGGAAAGCAGGAAGAAGGGAGGAGCUGUCAUCGGUUGCCCCUUCCGCCGGGUUCUCCUACCAGCCCUUCUACCUUGUCCAGCACUAGGACUUGCGUAGUGACUGAAAGCACAACUUGUAAUAUGUCAAAGUGGAAGAAAGGGAGGCUUCUAGGAAGGGGGACUUUUGGGCAUGUUUACGUUGGAUUUAACAGUGAAAACGGGCAAAUGUGUGCGAUAAAAGAAGUCAAGGUUGUUUCAGAUGAUCAUACAUCAAAAGAAUGCCUUAAGCAACUGAACCAGGAGAUAAAUUUACUCAGUCAACUUUCACAUCCAAAUAUCGUUCAAUACUAUGGUAGUGAAAUGGGUGAAGAAACACUAUCAGUUUAUUUGGAGUAUGUCUCUGGUGGCUCUAUCCACAAGUUACUUCAAGAAUAUGGUCCCUUUAAGGAACCUGUCAUUCAAAAUUAUGCUAGGCAGAUUAUUUCUGGGCUUGCCUACUUACACGGGAGAAGUACUGUGCACAGGGAUAUCAAAGGGGCAAACAUAUUAGUGGGACCUAAUGGGGAGAUCAAGUUGGCUGAUUUUGGCAUGGCAAAACAUAUAAAUUCUUCUUCUUCAAUGCUCUCUUUCAAGGGAAGUCCCUAUUGGAUGGCGCCUGAGGUUGUAAUGAAUACAAAUGGCUACAGCCUUGCGGUGGAUAUUUGGAGCUUAGGAUGUACAAUUCUUGAAAUGGCAACAUCAAAACCACCUUGGAGUCAAUAUGAAGGGGUAGCUGCAAUUUUUAAAAUUGGAAACAGCAGGGAUGUCCCUGAAAUUCCCGAUCACCUUUCUAAUGAUGCAAAAAGUUUUGUAAGGCUAUGCUUGCAACGGGAUCCAUCGGCACGCCCAACAGCCUUACAACUACUAGAUCACUCUUUUGUUCGAGACCAAGCCACAACAAGAAUUGCUAAUAUUGCUAUAACAAAGGAUGCCUUUCCUUCCACCUUUGAUGGAAGCCGCACACCGACUGCAUUAGAGCUUCAUUCCAACAGAACGAGUCUUACUUUAUUUGAUGGAGAUUAUGUGACAAAACCAGUGGGCACGGUUUCGAGAGCUGCAAAGAACUCAAGGGACAGUGUGAGAACGAUCACAUCUUUGCCUGUAUCUCCAUGUUCAAGCCCACUACGGAACUAUGGACCAGCACACAAGAGCUGCUUUCUUUCUCCUCCUCAUCCAUCUUAUCCUAUAGUGGGACAAAGCAGUUACAACUCAAACGAUUACUCACUAUAUCCAACAAGAGCAAUCACAAGAUAUACACAUGACCCUUGGUCUGACAACCCCCCAUUCAGAUCCCUAACACCUAAUGGAUCCCCAAGAACAAGGCCCAUUUGAAUUGAGUAAAAACCAAGAAGGCAAAAUCCUUCCAGAUGGGCGAAAAUGCCUGGUUUGCUGGAGUCACACAACAUUUUGGGUAGCAGAAAUUGGUAAUGGCAUCUUGCUCCCUUGCUCAUUCCAAAGCCUGCAGUUGGGUCCAAGGAUGAGGAUUGUAAUAUGGAAGAGCUUAGCUCCCAUAGUGAAGGCAUUAUAUUGAUUAUUUAUAGGUUGGGGUUGAAGAGGGGAAUGUCUUAUGGGUAAAGUGGAAACUUGGAUAUAUGGGAAAGACGUGGGUAUAUCUUCUUGUAAGUUGUGACAGGCUUAUCUCUGUAGAUGGAAGAUGUCAUUCCUGUUGUACAUUAGGAUGUUUUUUUCAAUGUACCAGAUAGUUUGCUUGUGCCACACACUCUGUUCUUUCUCUUUUAUUUUUUUCAUGUUGGAGAAAAUAAUUGUUAUGUGCGAGGUCUUCUCGAACAGGUAUUAUUUA